AUGGAAAAUUUGGUGGACGUUGGAAAAUCCAAUGGAACAACCAAUGGCGCUGCUACACGCCGUGGUAAAACCCAGUGUACUGAAUGGAGGGGGAAAUGCAAACGACAAAAGGUAAACAAACAACUGAGUGGUGGUGCAUCCAUUGGUUUCCCACCACGGUUAACUAACGAACAUAUUGUCCCCCCCUCCAACGCGGCAAAAGGCGGUAAGGAACCGAAUUCCACUGCCUUAACAGAGUCCGCAAAUCACGGUUCUGUGCCGAAGGACGUUCCGUGUUUCCAGCAGAGUAAUGAUAGUCUCAGUUGUGGUUUGGCGUCUUCUCGUAUAACUUUUGUCUUACCAUGUUCCGCAUCAGACGAAAAUAAAGUCGUAACUCCUGUGUACCUGCAUAUCUAUGAGCUAAGUCAUGGAAUUCUGCAUCGGCACAGCAAAAAAGUAACGGGGAAAUACGUUAAGGGUGUUUAUCAUAGUGCUGUGGUGUGCUACGGAAUGGAGUUUUUCUUUGAAGGUGGCAUAACAGUUACUUGUGCUGGUCGAACGCGCUUCGGUGAGAAGUUUGACAAGGUCGAAAUUGGGCACACCAAUAAACCGCUUAGCUCUUUCCUGGAUUGGGCAGGUCAACGUUCGAGGAGCACAUACAUUUUCCAUUCUUAUCAUCCAACGGAGCACAAUUGUCACACGUUUACCUCGGACGCAAUCAGUUUUCUCAUGGGACCUGAAGCAUCUUUGCCAUCGUACCUAACGGAAACCAUCGACACGAUUGUGAAAACACCCGUAGGGACCGGUGUGGUGGAGCUGCUGGUGCAUUUUUUGGGAGGUAUGAAAUAUGUGGCUGCUGAAAAUCAGAGAAGGCGAAUGAGUGAGCGGAAGGCCUGCCUGACGAGGGCGAGGAGGUGCAUUGCCAAUAAUGUCAUUAAUACAACUCCUCCAGCGAGUGUUACACUGUUUCGUGUGAGUGACCCCUCAAGUUGUCAUCGCACCCUUGCUGCGGUAGAACCCUAUGGAAGGCGGUUGUUGGAGCAUAAGGCCAUAGAGCCACCAGCGAUGAAUUUCCUGCGAUGUGUGCAAGGUUUAUGCGCGGGAGUUGAGUUCAUUGAUCCAGAUUAUGUUACUGAAUACGUCAACCUUGCAACAUAUGCGCUCAUACACACAACACCAACACUCAGGGGGCCCAUACUGAACAGCCUGCGGGUUGCUGUUCUUCACAAGAUGGUUUCAUGUACCUGUGCUUUUCAUCCUCUCCUUCUCUGUGCUUUAUCUGAGACUGUCCGUAACUUUAUGAACCUGACGGCGGAGGGCAGGCUUGCGUUACUGCGUCUUUUGUGCAAUAUGGGUGGUAGCAUCCAUGGGGCUGUGGCACUGAGUUCUGCUGAGUACUCACAAAUGUGGGUGGCGGCCGCUGGGCAAGCCGUGAUGGAUUAUAGAAACCCUGCUAUCGUUUAUACGGGAGCCGCACUAAUUGCCAACCUUGCUGUGGCAUUUGUUCUAACCGAAAAUUUUGUUUCAAAAACUGUGGAAUACCCCCAUAUUUCUGACCAGUGUCAAAACCUCAUUACUGUGACACUUUUUUACCUUGGGUCUUGGCCGAGGGAACGUGUCCCGGAGGCGGCAACAACUUUGAUGUUGUUUGCCCUUUUUAUUUUGCUUUCAUCUUCUUUUGAUGCUUCUAGAGCGGCCAAACUUCAUCCUUUCCAACUGAAUUUUGACUGCUUGAUCAGGGAGGUACGGACGUUGGAGAGCUCAACCCUCAUCCGCAUGCUGCAGGACAUUUUAAGGUGUCCCCACGCAUAG